AUGGAGCAGGACACUCAAGAUGGAGCCAUGCAGAGCUGGUUCAAGGUCACAAUCCCCUUUGGGAGAAAGUAUGACAAGACAUGGCUAAUGAAUUCAAUCCAGAGACAUUGCAUUGUGCCCUUCACCCCCAUCGACUUCCACUAUGACAAAAAUCGGGCCCGGUUCUUUGUCCAGGAUGCUAGGGCUGCCUCUGCAUUGAAGGAUGUCAGCUACCGGAUUUGUAAUGAAGAGGGCCGAAAGAUACUUCUCACUGUCAAUCCUUCUUCUAUACCUUACUCUGUGCAGAAUAAGUUCACAGCAGAACAAAUGGAGCAGCUAAAGCUGACCAUGAAAAAACGAUAUGAUGUCUCCCAGCAAUCCCUGGACCUCCAGAAGCUCCGCUUUGACCCAGACUUGAAGGGCCAAAAAAUUGACAUGGUCCUGAAUCGAAGAUACUGCAUGUUUGCCACUCUGCAGAUCAUUCAAAGGAAUUUCCCUGAGCUGUCAUCCUUGAACUUGUGCAACAACAAACUGUAUGGGCUGGAUGGCCUGUCCGAUGUGGUAGAGAAGGCUCCCCAAGUCAAGAUCCUGAACCUCUCCAAAAACCAGCUGAAGUCGGCCUUGGAAUUGAACAAGCUGAAAGGGAUGAAGCUGGAAGAGCUGUGGUUAGAAGGGAACCCCUUUUGCAGGAUCUUCCUGGACCAAUCUGUCUAUGUAAGUGCCAUCCGGGAUUGUUUCCCCACGUUGUUACGCCUGGAUGGCCAGGAGUUAUCCCCACCAGUUGCCAUUGACAUCGAUGCUCCUGUGUUAAUAAAUCCCUACAAGGAAGGGUAUGGGGGAUCUGAGUCCCUAAAGAAUAUAGUUCUGCGAUUCCUGCAAGAGAACAGCUUGUGUGACUACUUCAAGCACAGCAGGAAUAUGAAGAAUCUCAAGGAUUCCUUCUUGCAGGAGCAGCUGCUGAAGCACAAGAAACUUGAUAUUGUGGACUCCCUCAGUGUAUUGCCCAAAACUCAGCAUGACUUCAGUUCCUUUUCAUGGACAUGUGGCUCCAGAUGGUGA